GUCUAGAAAUCUACAGAUGUUUAAUGUGAAAUUUGAUGUUUUUAUUUUUAUACUAUAAUCCGCAGCUUAAUAUGAGUUGUUUAUAUUGAUUCUUUACAUUAUCAAAGGAAAUGAGUCAUGAUUUGGCGUCAUUAAUGGGGACACAUACAGAUUUAUUCACCAUGGGGCCGUUUAGCAAGAGGCCACUGAGAGAACAGGUAACACCCCACAAGAUGUCGGUGAUUGUGCUGAUACAAGAGUACUGUUCACUAAAAAAAGCCGAGUCCCCUACCUUCGCCUCUUCAAAUGAGAGCAGUCUUGAGAUAAAAUUUACAGAGAAAGAGAAAAGAAACUUUAUGAUCACAAUACUGCAGCUUUUACAGACAUCUGAUAUCACCCUGAAAGAAUUAUGCAUGAAAAUAAAAGACAAGAUGAAGUCUGAUCUCUACACGAUGUUCAUAAAUAAGUUGAAGGAGUUUAUUGAAGAAGGUGUUGGUGCCAUCAAAGACUAUUUCCAGAAUAUCACAUUUCUACUUAUGCCCGACACUCAGGAGCCACCGAUGAUAACAAAGUCGAGUGUCCUAGGUUUAUUUAUAAGACGGAUGAUUCUUGCAUUUGAGAAGUUGUCAUUCAGCCAGAUGACAGACUUAUAUAGCAAGUUUAAGCGUUACUAUGAGACGGCGAACUUCCAGAACGGCUACGAUGAGAGCCAGGACUUUGGUGGGUCUCUUACUGACUCUGCCAUGAGCCUGUCAGGUGUCCGGUUCAGUCGGUUGGGCAGGUCCCUGGAUCCAUUCCAGCUAACAGCUGAUAGAAAGAUGACUGAAGAUUUUGGUGGUUUUAAUUCACAAAGACAAGCUGAAUAUUUUAUUUUACAACAGGUGUUUCUAUUACAACAUAACCAGAAAGAGGCUCUGUCACCAUGUGAUCUACAGGAUAAGAUAAUGGACAUGUUAAAGUCAAACCCUGACAUGGCUGAAGCGCAUUUUCUCAGUUAUUUAAACAGUCUUCGAGUCAAGGAAUACUGCACAGCACUGAAUAACCUUUACCAUUACUUUGAUCGUAAGACGUCAUUUUCUGUGGAACAGACUCCGCCCCAACAGGGACAAAAUAAACCCAAAGAUGACGAAGUGCACAGAAGAUAUGCUGCACUAAAUUUAGCAGCUCUACACUAUAGAUUUGGUCAUAAAGAUGAGGCCAUGGCAGCACUUAGAGAAGCAAUUGGGAUGGCACAGGAUACAAAUGAUAAUGUUUGUCUGCAGCAUGCUCUAGGUUGGUUACACAGACUUAGUGAACAAGGAACUGCAAGGACGGAAAAUCUUCUUGAACGUGCCGUCGCUAAAAGCAAUGAAUUGAAUCUCCCGAAUCUGACAUCGAUAGGUAUUCAAGCUUAUGCCAGACAUAAUGCCUUUGCUACCGCAAGACCAUCGCAGGUAUUUGAGUACUUACAGAAGAGUGAUGUGUUAAACUGCCAGCAUUCACAAGCAGGUUUUAUGUGUACAAGCUUUGCUAACAAGGCAGCAUUAUGGCAGAUGUAUGGGAAAAGAGAUUGUAUGUCAAUGAUGAGUCAGCUAAUUCUACAUUUAGAUACCACAGAAAGUGGGCUGUAUUUUAACGGAGAGUCUGUGUGUAUAGCUCUGUGUAAUAUAGCCAAACUUCAUGCUGAUGGUGUAAAUGUUGAUUGGUUACAGUUAAAUGUUGAUGGCAUUAAAAUCAAACACGAAGCGGAACUUAGAUGUGCCAUAUUGAAUAAAGAGAAAGGGGACAUCACUCUAGCAUUACAGCAAUUUCUCCACCUACUGGAUAGUUGUACCUUACAAAGGGGAGAGAAUUCAGUAUCCUCUGAUUUUAGAUGCAGGGUAUUACUGGCUCUAGGAGAGUUGUACAGUCAAACAGGAAAUCCCACCAACGCCACAACUUAUAUACUAGAAUGUAUAUCUUUAGCCAACAAACAUCAUUUGGAAUACCUCCGUGCUAUAGCAUCAGUGCAGCUUGCCUACAUCCAGUUUCAGAUGCAGUUACCUGAACAAGCUGUCUCAAUUUUAACUAAAAAUAUGUUAACUAUACUAUCCCAUGGUACAGUCUGUGAUCAGGGGAAGUUACUCUGUUGUUACGCAAAAUGUCAGGUUGCCAUGGCAGCAAAGUGCAAUGAAAAGGAGAGGAAAGCAGCAAUGCUAGCAAGUGUGAAUCUUCUAUACACAGUAAUAGAUUUGUACCAGUCAGCCGAAGCAUUUCUACGUGUUAAAGACACUAUGUAUUACCAAGCCAGGUUAUAUCACGAGCUCGGCUAUUAUUUUGAGCGUAACAAGUGUUCCCAUCAGUUUAGACAAUUAGACGCUCAAUAUCCUACACUUAGUCAGAUGUCCGUAAAUGUGUUAUGAAAAAAGAAAAUUACGCAAAAAAAAGUAACACAGAGAUUUAUAGUGAAUAAAAUCUGAAUUUCGUUAAGUUGUUAAAUUUA